AUGUAUAGCCCCGACACGACACUUUCUCGAAUUUCUCUUUUUAAGUUGCUAGACUUUUCUAACUCUGCCUUAGUUCGCUGGAAUAUUUCGUUCGCAUGUCUGGGUAACUCAUUUAGAAGCAUUCAAUUUCCUCUAAUGGAUCGUGUGAAGGCGUCCAGAGAGGUGUUUGUGUCUCCGCUGUCGACGUCCGAGUCAGCGGUAUCCUCCGUCUCGGACACGGCUUUUAAGGCGUCCCUGGAUUCAGCAGCUUUCGCUUGCCUUAUUUGUGUACGUAUCCGAAGAAGAUUCGAGCCUGGCCUCGCAAGCACUGGACAGGACGUUGUCGUUUCAUCUAGGUUGGGCGAUGACGAGAGCAGGUCUGGAGUGUCUGAUUCUUCUACCGCCCUUUCAUCGCGUGCUCCUCCAAGUGCUUGCGGUUUUCUAGAGCAGCUAGAAGUUGAUCUUUUCGAUUUAUCCGGCAUUACGCUUCUUUCCACUUCGCUAGCCCCAGAAGAAGUGUGGGUGAAACGAGUGAUGGAACUCUGUUUGGAGCAAUUUCGGCAAGAAUCAGACUCUACUCAUCUUGUUGAAGAGCUGAGAGAACUUCGUCGAGUAGUCAACGAAUACGGUCUGAGGAAGGAACCUACUCAGCCACCUUGCAGCGCUCUUACACAAGAUUUUCGCGAUCAGGAGAGUGUGGAACAACAACACCAAAAAACUGAACUACUCCACCAGCAAGUUGUUGACCUGAGAAUGCAAAUAAAUGCAGAGGUAGCCGAAAUACGAGAGGAAAUUAAUUCUAUGUCCAAAGACAUCAAAAAACUAACUGUCACUUCCUCUAACUCUCCGUUGCCCUCGGUUCAAGCAAACUUAGAAGAACUCAGAAGGGAAAACAGAGAGCUACGAGAUAUCACAGUGGACUCAGCAGCCCCAAUCCGACUAGCAAUAGAAAGCCUCAGGAAAGAGCUGAAAAACCAGUUAUAUGUCGGGGAAGCAGAUCUUUCAGAAUAUAAAUGCAAAUCACAAGACCUUAAUGAUCAGGAACAAAAACAUCACUCAACAACGCAUAAUUAUAGAACCCCCCCCACUCACCUUCUCGGAAGUCCUGAGAAAGCCACACUACCCAAUAUUGGUAGAUUCAAUUGA